CACUUUAUCUAACCAUCCGACGUCGUUUCCCUCUGCUUAUUUAUAUGCCUUUUUCUAUUAUUUGGGUCUUCUGUAAGAACUUGUCUAGUCAAAUUUCAGUUCUUGUCGCGAGUUGUCUCGUACGGAACGGGCCUUUCCUCUGUCUUCAAAUCCCUAGGUUUGUGGUAUCAGUUUUCGAUUCCUGGUGCUUUGAAAUAUAAGUCCCAAUCAGUUACUAAAACUGAUACACUGUAGAUGUAAUCAGCCUACAUUUUAUCCUGUGUAAGCUACUAUCAGCUCACAUUGCAAGGCUAUUCAACUACUGCAGUAAGCUUGAACAUUAGUGACUUUCAUAAACAAAACCUGAUGAAGUAAAUGGAGUGAUGAAGUUGUAUAUGAUAGAAUAACAACGUUACCAUGUCGGAAGGACUUUAACAUUAAUGAGAUGUGCACCAUGUAUGUUUAGGUAUCUUUUGGUAAAAAAAAAUAUUAUAUUUAGUUAUUUAGGAAAAAAACCUUUUAUUUAGUCAUUUAGGAAAGUUAUGGAAGUGCCAAAAAAGAAGUUUCCCCUUGAUGCAAAGGAUUACAAGUUAUAUGAGGAAGUUGGUGAAGGAGUCAGUGCUUCAGUGUAUAGGGCACUUUGUGUUCCAUUGAAUGAGAUUGUCGCAAUCAAGGUUCUUGAUUUGGAAAAGUGUAAUAACGACCUGGAUGGAAUCCGUCGCGAAGUACAGACAAUGAGCUUGAUCAAUCAUCCGAAUUUAUUAAGGGCAUAUUGCUCUUUCACAACAGGCCAUAGUCUGUGGGUUGUUAUGCCAUAUAUGGCUGGGGGAUCGUGUCUUCACAUAAUGAAAUCAUCUUUUGCAGAAGGUUUUGAAGAGCCUGUUAUUGCUACAUUGUUGAGAGAGGUUCUUAAAGCUUUGAUUUAUCUUCAUGCUCAUGGCCAUAUUCAUAGAGAUGUGAAAGCAGGGAACAUAUUAGUUGAUUAUAAUGGUUCCAUUAAGUUAGCAGAUUUUGGAGUUUCUGCAUGCAUGUUUGAUGCUGGUGAUCGACAACGUUCAAGAAAUACAUUUGUGGGAACUCCCUGUUGGAUGGCACCUGAAGUUAUGCAGCAAUUGCAUGGAUACGACUUCAAAGCAGAUAUCUGGUCAUUUGGAAUCACAGCACUAGAACUAGCUCAUGGCCAUGCACCCUUUUCCAAGUAUCCACCAAUGAAAGUUUUGCUUAUGACUCUGCAAAAUGCACCGCCGGGUCUCGAUUAUGAAAGGGACAAGAAAUUUUCAAAGUCUUUUAAAGAAAUGGUGGCUGCUUGUUUAGUGAAAGACCCAAAGAAACGUCCCUCUUCUGAAAAGCUAUUGAAGCACCCUUUCUUCAAGCAUGCAAAAACAGCUGAUUAUUUGGAACGUACUAUUCUUGAUGGACUUUCUCCCUUAGGUGAUCGUUUUAGGAUGCUAAAGGCCAAAGAAGCCGAUCUUAUUGUACAGAACAAGGAUUUAUAUGGAGAUAAGGAACAUUUAUCACAGCAAGAGUAUAUACGAGGAAUUAGUGCGUGGAACUUUAACUUGGAGGAUUUAAAGAAUCAGGCUGCACUUAUCGACUUGGAUGAAAUUUCAAAUGUAGAAGACCCGAAAACUACAGAGCAACAAAAUGGAGUCAAUGGUGUUACAUUACCACCAGAAAAGUUGUCCCCUGAGAUAGAUAUCAAUAAUAAUAAUAAUAAUAAUCAUUCAGAUGCUAAAACAGGUGAUGAAAUUCCUAUUUUGGAGAACUCAUUAGCAUCAUUUCCAAUAGAGCCUCUUCAAGCACUCGAGGGAUGUUUUGAUGUCUGUGAAGAUGAUGUGGCGACUGUUAGCCUAACUGGACAAGAUGAGAAUCCAUUAAGCCCUGUAAAGCUGCCAUUAAAAACUAAGGACCAGGAAACCGAAACAAGAGAAAAUGUUGUAGUAAAAAAGUCUUUACAGAGAAUUACAAUCACCGGGUCAAAAAAAUUUAUGAGUGGUUCAUUACUACCUGACAAUGUUCUUUCUCCUAAUAAGUUAGUUGCCAAUGGUGAAAGGGAUCAUCUCCAACCGAGAUUCCGAGUUGAGCGAAAUUACAGUGGUCCAUUACAACAUCUUCAUAAGAAUAAUAUGAUGGAAGAUGUACCAGGAGCUGUGGUUCAACUCAAGGGACGUUUUAAAGUGACUGAAGCAGAUUUUACCCCAAAGGCGACAGGUGGCAUGCCUAGUCCUCCAACUUCAACUCUACCAGUUGCCUCUCUUCUUCCAUCCUUACAAAGCAUUUUGCAGCAUAACACAUCACAAAGGGAAGAGAUACUUGGAUUAAUCAAGUCUAUGGAGCAAGCUUCUGGUUCUUCAGGCAAUCAGACAGAGCAUGUGGAGUCAGGAAACGGGGAUAUUUCACAAACCCCUCCUACUCUAAGGGAGAGAGAACUGCAUUCUCAGGUGAUCCAGUUACAACAAAGCAUUGGGAGUCUGGUUGAGCAAUUGCAAAGACAGAAAAUGAGAAAUGCUCAGUUGGAAAAGAAAGUGAGUGAAUUGGUGAAGAAAAAUAGCAUUAAGGAAGUAUGAUGAUGAUGAUGAGUUGGUGAUGCAAUUGUAAGGAACAUGUAACAUAUUGAAUUUUUUUUUUUUUGUGAAUAUAAGGCCGGGGGAAUAAUUAUGGUUAGAUUAAAUGAAUUCCCCCAAAAGAUGUUGAAAGUUAUGCAGAAAGAUGGGUUGGGUUGUGUCUCGUCCUCUACAAGAGAAGAGUGACUGUUGACCAACAAGACUUUUUGUCUUUGGUUUUAGACUUUAGAUCCUAUCUUCAUGAAGAUUUGGCAAAUAAGUAUUCCAGACUAAAGGUUUGUUUGGAACAAUGGAAUGAAAUCAAAAGGGUUAAAAUUAAUAAAAUGAGAAAGGUAAUGGAAUGCCUCAUGUCAUGGCAUAUCCUAUUAUCUGGUUUUGAUUGAAUGAAAUGACUCCGACAUAUUGUUUAUUAUGGAUAAUAAGAAAUCUAAAAGAAAUAAACUUGAUAAAUAAGCAAAAUGUUAUUAUUAUUAUUUUUUUAAAAAAACAUUGAUCAAUAAGAAUAUUCUGUUAAGUAAAUCAUAUUUACACAUGUAUACUAUUGUUUGAAAUCUGAACUAUGUAUAUGUGAAAUACUGCUUAAAGAGUUGUCUAUAAAAACAUAUAAUUUGAAAGGUAAUUAUAAAAAAAAAAGUUAGUUUUGGGAAAAAAAAUCAUUUGAAAAUUUGCAAAUAUUAAAGAUCGUUAUUGUUAAUAAAGAAUAUCUAAAUUAAAACAGUCAUAAUAUAUCAAUCCAUUUCCAUUGAGGAAUGAAGAAAAAAAACGUUCCUCACCUAUGCACUGGAGUUCCAUUUUCAUGCGGUAAAUAACCAUAAUGUUCUUUUUCAUUCUGUUUUGGAUAUUACUGCGUACCAAACAAUACCUAACAGUUUCUAAAUCCCAUAUCAAGUCACACAAAAUCCCAAGUAAGAACUAAAACUGAAUAAAAAAACCCAGAUUCCUACUUUUUCACCAAACAUGUAUCCAGUAAAUGUGGAUGUCUAUCCAGUAAGCAUCAUUUACCACAAUCUGUUCUCAAUCACAGCAGAAACGAUUCCUUUGAGAGUCUCCUGAAACAUCAAACAACAUAUUAUAAUCACCAAUGUUGCAGAUUCUCUAGUAAAACCAAUCAAAUUCGGAAAGCUACCAUGGAAUGGUCCUUGAGACCAAGUGAAAGCGUCAACGGUUUUGAAGAGCCAGAAUUACUGAAAAAAUAACACACACCUCGAGAUUCAGGGUUAAAGUCAAAAUUAGACAUUAUACUGUAUUGAAUUUGUGCUCACUAAAGUAGUAAAAUGUCACUUAAUUGUUCCUCCUAUUUUUUAUUUAAAGUGGUCACUCCACCUGCUACAACUUAAACAAAGUUUAGUUACUAAUGAGCACAAAUUCAAUAUAGUCUAGUGUCUAAUUUGGACCUUAACCCAAAGAUUAAUCACCAUAACCAAUUUUAUUGUUUAAAAUGGGAUUGAAAGUAGACCUUAUAUGUUCAAUAAGCUGGCGUGCACAUGCCACUAGCAUAGGCUGCAGGUCAAGAAUUUCAGUGAUCAAGUCAAUAUGAUGAAUAGUAACAGUGGUAUCCACUUCAUAAAUCAUAAGGCAGCUUACCUCAUCUCGUUUACCAAAUAUCACAGAUACAUUGAAAGUAGGAUUAUUCAGCAUCCCUUCCUCCUUCCUAUUAAACACGAAAGAUAAAGUGAAUACACAAAUAUCAGUCAGUUUAGAACCCAUUAUACAUACUACCUUGCAUGCAUUAUAGUUCCCAUAGUCCCAAUUUGCGUAGCGAUAACC